UGUAAGGGCUGGGAAGGGGCUGUGCCAGUUCCAAAGCUCUUCCUGAAUAAGCAGGCUUGUGAAACUAAACUGCGUUUGCUGGAUCCAGCAAGGUGACGGCAGUAACAGCAGCUCAGUGCUGAAUUAGGGGCAACUUGGCUGACACAGAGGGACCAUUCCCUGGCCAGGAAACUAUGCUGACUGUCACGGAGCCCUCCAACACCGUCAAACUGCUGCACCUCAUUUUCCUCUCGACUUCCUGGGGAAUGCAGAUCUGGGUGACCUUUGUGGCUGGGUUCGUGAUGGGGAGCCACCUCCCUCGCCACACCUACAGCUUCAUCCAGCGCAAGCUCUUCCCCUACUACUUCCACAUCAGCUCCACUUGUGCCUUCCUCAACCUGACUCUAUUCGCCAUGUACCACCCCAGCGAGCUGCUCAGUGAUGAACAAACAACCCAGAUCAUCAUCUUCUUCAUUUGUGUUGCUGCUUCUGUGCUGAACACACAGUGGUUUGGGCAGGUCACCUCCGACAUCGUGGCAGACAUGCAUGUCAUCGAGUGCAGCCAUGGCCUCGGCCAGGAGGUCGGGCUGUUUACCAGCAAGUCCUGCCGGCAGCUGUGUGCCUCCAACCCCAGCUACAGGCAGCUGUCCUGCCAGCUCACCCUCUACCGCACUCUGUCCUCCCUCUGCAACCUCUGCUGCAUUGUGUGCAACAGCUUGAGCUUGUACUACUUGGCUGCCCAUCUCUCUGCCCUAUGAGAGAAGGACACUGUGAGGCAAGGGCUGGCUGGCCAGAACCAAUGCUCUGGGAAAAGGGAGCCAUCCUGCUGUCUUCUUGUAAAGUAACCUUAAGCCUUGGAGAUUAAAUUUCAGCAUCCUCAGAUGGAAAUACUUGUAACUGUAUUUGUGCAUAGUGCAGAAAUUUAGGAAUAGCAAAAGGGAAAUGCCUUUAGAGCUGUCUGAAUCCAGCUCUGGAGUGCGAAAAAUCCUCCACGAUCUAAGCAAAGUGUUCAAGGCUGAACAACUUUUUAACGCCCUGUGCAUUAAAUGUGUCUAAAACUGCUGUGUGUUUCUACAAUCAUUAAGAGUGCAGAAAAGAAAUUAGAGAUUUAGAAUUACUUUAAAUGCUGAAAGCUAAUACAAAAGCACAGAAAACCUUGUACGUUAGCUUCAGCAGUUGGUGUAAUGGAUAAGGUUGUUAUGUUUGGGUUUAGAAUUACUGUUUGUCAUUCUCUUUUAGUAUUUCACAAGGUGAGAAAAAUUUUGUCUCAUUUAUUAGGCAGAA